AUGACGACACAUAUCGAAGAUGAACUUUGCUGGGAUUGGAAUGAUGGCUCGAUACCCAAGAUCAUCAGUCAAAUGCGCUUUAUUGUUCGAAAUGCCGCGCGAAUCAACAACAUAAGAAGCGUGACUCUGCGGGGCAUGCGAACCACACAGCGCCUCGGACGAGAAUUUUGCAGCAAGAACUUCGACGAGGAGGAAAGAGCUGUUCUCGGAUCAUGGCUCGCCAACGUGCAAGGCGAAGCAACUGGAGGGCUUGAACUACCAGAUGCCAUAGCUGCUAUCGUGUCUCAUCUUUCAUCAGCGAUAAGUCUGGAGAUACAGACCUUUGACCGAGCCAGUCACGAUGACGGAGGCAAAGCUCGCCCUCCCCGGGACCAAUUCCUGUGCACCUUAGGGCAGCUCAUAUACUCCUCCAACAACAGCUCCGUUCUCAACAGCCUUGAAACACUCCAACUUAGCAUACCGAUCCCCGACGGUGAUCUUGCGAAGGAUUUCGGAUACUGCAUCUACCCAGAAUCCAUUCUGCCUUUCUUCAGCCUGCCUUCGAUCAAGACGCUUGAGCUGCACAGAGUGGAUGACGGCGGAAAGCCGAUUAAGCCGAUUUCAUUGCUUACCGCACCGACACUGAAGAGAUUAGUCUUGAAAAGAUGCCAACUCACAGAAGACAACAUUGCCACAAUCAUUCGAAAUUCCCCAACUCUCGAAGUCUUGAGAGUCGAUAUCGCUAUCGACGCCGACUGCGCGAAAGAAUGGCUCAACAUGGAAAACCUGCAAACUGCUCUGGCACCUCUAAAGGAAUCACUCAAGGAACUAUCACUGUCAUUGACCUUGUGGUCGUCAACGGCCAUCGACUGUGGCGGGCCAGGACCCUGGGGCAUCCGCGGUUCGAUUGGUUCGCUGGAAGAUUUCACCAGCCUGGUUCACCUGAAUAUUUCCUUACCCGUUCUUCUUGGCUGGAAGACGCAAGGCACCGCUGAUAUCAUCGAUGUUUUGCCAGAAAGCCUUGAGGUGCUUACGAUUACCAAUGAGAUGUCUUUCUGGUGGAAAUAUCAGUGGGAUGAUCUCAAUCGUGAAAACGAUGAUGCCGAGGUGGCGAGGUGGGAGACUCUGGAAUGGAAGAUCAUGGACUUUUUGGAGAGUCGGCCGCUCUCUUUGAAAGAGCUGAGACUAGAGAUCGGUGAGGUUGCUGGUAAGGAGGAAAGGGCGAAAGAGUUGAAGGCCAGGUUGGUCGACACGGGCCGUCCCGUUGGGGUCAACGUCACUGUCGAGUUCGAAACAUAG